ACGGAUGGCUCCAUUCAUACUGAGACAAACCACGCUGCUGUAGGUGGUUUGCUACGAGAUCAUACAGGAUGUUGCUUGGCAGCAUUCACUAGCAACCUGGGUAUGUGUUCCAUUACCCGGGCAGAGUUGAGAGGCGUUGUGGAGGGUCUUUAG